AUGAAGUCUAUCCUUGUCCUUCUUCCUAUCUUCACGCUUGCCGUGGCCCAAAAUCUUGACUCAUGCUCUGGGGACUUGAAAUGCUGCGCCGCAGUAACGCCAUACACCGCAUUGCCAGAGGAAAUUCUCGCUGAAUAUGGAGUGCGCCCUGAUCCUAACGCCAAUAUCUGUGGCAAUGGCACCGCGGUCGAGGAUCAGUUCGAUGCUGAUAUUUGUGAGUCUGUGGGCCAUGAACUUCAGUGCUGUGACCCACGCCAGCCGGAUGUUCAGCUCAACGAGGACUUGACAUUUGGUUGCCACAAUGUCUCGAGCACUGUGAUGGAUGUCUGA